UGCUGCUCGCACUCUGCUUUAUUAUUUUCCCUCCCUCCUGCGGGGGGUCACUUGUUUCGUUGGACUUGGUUCCCACACGCACGGCCAAUCGCGUCCUCCACCUACACUCCCCGCCUUCAUCCUCGCCGCUGCCGGUGGCUGGCUGGGUCUGUCUUUAGAAGAAGAUGUCGGCAGCAACGGCCGUGGUGACAGCGGCGGAAAAAGUGGAUGGGUUCACCAGGAAAUCCGUGCGGAAGGCGGCCAGGCAGAAGCGAUCGCAGGGAUCGUCACAAUUCAGGAGUCGAGGCAGCCCGAUUGAGAUCCAGCUUCUCCCGCCCCUCAAAGAUGCUCCAAAUGCUGAUCAGCAUGAUCUCUUCGGUCAGAAACUACAGCAAUGCUGUGUUAUUUUUGAUUUUAUGGACUCAGUUUCAGACCUAAAGUGCAAAGAGGUCAAAAGAGCAACACUGAAUGAAUUGGUGGAUUUUCUCACAUCCAGUAGAGGUGUGCUUCUUGAACCAGUCUAUCCUGAAAUAGUGAAAAUGAUUACCAGUAAUAUUUUCAGAACUCUUCCUCCCAGUGACAAUCCAGAUUUUGAUCCAGAAGAAGAUGAACCAUCUUUGGAAGCAGCAUGGCCUCACAUGCAGCUUGUGUAUGAAUUUUUCUUGCGGUUUCUGGAGUGUCCUGACUUUCAGCCUAGUAUUGCAAAAAGGUUCAUUGAUCAGAAAUUUGUACUUCAGCUUUUGGACUUAUUUGAUAGUGAGGAUCCACGUGAGCGUGAUUUUUUGAAAACGGUUCUGCAUCGUAUUUAUGGAAAAUUCCUUGGACUACGAGCAUUCAUCAGGAAACAGAUCAAUAACAUUUUUCUACGGUUUAUAUAUGAAACUGAUCACUUUAAUGGAGUUGCAGAACUGCUGGAGAUAUUGGGAAGUAUUAUUAAUGGAUUUGCACUGCCACUGAAAGCAGAACAUAAACAAUUUCUUAUGAAGGUUCUUAUUCCUCUUCACACUGCUAAAGGUUUAGCUCUAUUUCACGCACAGUUGGCAUAUUGUGUGGUACAGUUUUUGGAAAAAGAUGCAACUCUUACAGAACCAGUUAUUAGAGGAUUAUUAAAAUUCUGGCCAAAAACUGUAAGUCAAAAAGAGGUCAUGUUUUUGGGUGAGGUAGAAGAAAUUCUAGAUGUGAUAGAACCAUCUCAGUUCAAAAAUGUCCAAGAACCUUUAUUCAAGCAAAUAGCCAAGUGUGUGUCAAACCCACAUUUCCAGGUUGCAGAAAGAGCUUUAUAUUUCUGGAAUAAUGAGUACAUUCUUAGCCUAAUUGAAGAUAACUCUGAGAGAAUUCUACCAAUUAUGUUUGGUAGUUUGUACAGAAUCUCCAAGGAACACUGGAACACAACUAUUGUAGCACUUGUUUACAACGUACUAAAAACGUUAAUGGAGAUGAAUGGGGCACUGUUUGAUGAACUUACAACAUCAUACAAAGCAGAAAGACAACGUGAAAAGAAGAAGGAACAGGAGCGAGAGGAACUUUGGAAAAAUCUUGAAGAGUUGCGGCUCCAAAGGAGUCAAACGCUUGGUGAAAUACAGAAUGAUACUCACAAUUCGCAAAUUACUCAAGACAAUAAAUCAAGUGCCAAAUGACGAGCAUCAACAAUUGACUUAGAGUUACAGACGAAGAGUGAUGGGGGUAUUUCACACGUAUUUUGGAAUAUGUGUGUGGAUAUAAUACAAACACAAGACAAACCUUCAGCAGUAUACUUCCAAAAAUGACCAGCUUUUUUGAUGAGCUGUAAACUAUGUUGAAAGGAAAAGAUAUGAACUUUGAACAUUAGUGACCACAAUAUUUGUAACUGUCUGAUCAUGAAUUUAUUAUGUCACUUUUUAGAAUUCUCAGAGAAUAAAUGAAUUUAUCAUUUGUGGCCAGUGAAAAUAAUUGGUGGAAUUAUGACUUGAAAAAAUAAUUUUUUGAUUGUGCUGCACAUAGAAAAUUAGUCAGCUAUUUAAUUUUAGAUUUUUCCUAUUUUAUAUGUGCUUCUCACAAUGCUACAGGCCUUGAGUGAACUGAGAGUGAAUUAUGCCUACAGAGAAAAUAUUAGAAAUUCAAGCAUAAAAUAUUGUAUGUUUUUUCUUCAACUAAUCAUUCUGAUAUCAUGUCGGAGAACCAUUCCAUUCUGUAAACCUUUGGCAGUGUGAAGCUUUUUUGUAAUGAGACAUCUUAUUUGGGGUUCUGAGCAACAUUCAAUAAAGUCUACAUAAUGUU